CGAUCGAUCGACCCGCGCCGCGCGGAGACUUACGACGUCGCGCUCGUGGGAAAGGGACGAAGGGAGCAUUGCAAGGACGCAGCACUAACUGCCUAACAACUGCAACAUAGGAUCUGCGGCGUUCCGACUAAACGCGCGGCACAGACAUGUCGUCGAAUCACUGCCAACAGCCCGUGUUCGACUCCCACCCUCCCGAACUCUACGGCUCGCACGGCGCCGAGGCCUCCCAGCGAUACGUCGGCAGUUUCCUCCAAGCCGAGAGCCUGGCGCCGCAGGUUGAAGAAGGGAAGAGUCCAGAGGGAAGCCAAAACACCAGUACGUACAUGUCGCUGCGAAACCAGGAGCGAGAGCCUUCGAACGAAUACGACUACAUUCCGGGGGAUCCGACUUUAGAACCCCGGCUCGCGAUCGCUCCUCCGCCGCCGACCGAAACGCGCGGACAAGGCGGCACGUUGGAGAAGAAACGCAGACAAGAACCCGCGGACUCGGGUACGUCGAGCGGCGAUGGUGGGCGCUGCACUAGGAAAGUGACGGAGAAUUCCAUGUACGAGAACCACGACAUUAAGCCCUUGCUCCACCCAACGCUAACAGGCCGCGAUGAGGGAAUGGAAGGGGUGGCAGUGAGAGAGGGAGAGAGAUGCUCAUGCAGUACCAAGUCUCUAGUACAGGCGUUCUUCCUGGCCAUGACUCUGUUGUUAGCUAUUGCCUCCCUGGGUUUGUCUGGCCUCAUGUGGUUCGGAGUCAACGACAACGAAUCGCCCACUGACACCACUUCUUUGCCUGUCGAAAUGACUGGGUGCAGCUGUCCAGUCUCCAUUCAUCUGCUGAGAGAGGAGCUAGAGGAGCUGAGGUCUGCUCUGGAGGAUAUGAACACCUCAAUACUGGAGGUAGAGGCUCAACUAACCAUUGAAACCAACACUCUACUACCAGUAGUACUGGACAGAGUCGAAGACCUCACCUCUGACGUUGUCAACAUCACUCAGCUCUUCAACUCCGAGCCUCCCGUUGAUGUGCUACUCAACGUCAGCCAUAUCUACGGCAGGUGUGAGACGACGAUCAAGUCCAGCUGUAGUCUUCCGCUCACCUCGGCCCUCAACAACUGCACCACUGACUUUGUCCUCACAAACAGCUCGGUGAGUUGGGAGAAGAUUCAAUCUGAAGCAGUAAUCCUGUUGUUUUCUACCAUCCUUGCCGUAACGGCACGCCCAGUUAUCAGUCUGGAGGUGAGGGACGAGGACGGAGCCGUGCGGUGCUCCUGUCUGAGACUCGGAGAGCCUACUGUUGCAAGGGAUUGUGAGCUAGCAGUCACCUCCUGCCCCAUCCUAUGGGACCUUAGUAGUGGAUCUGGAGUGGUGGUCACAGAUAAGGAAUGGACUCUGGACCUGGACACUGAUAUGGAGGAGGUAAACCACGCCCCCCGCCAGGAUGAGGAGCCACACCCACCACACCCGACGACCAAACAUCGCUCGUUGACCAGUCGGAGCGGCCGUCUCUUGUUCAACGUGGGGAAGAAAAUCAUGACAGCUGACGAGUUUGUCCGUAAGUCCGCUGUUGCCAGUCGCAAAUCGCAAAUCACUAUGGAUACGACUGAUUACGAUGAUAGCGUUGCUAAGGAGGAGAAGGAAGGGGAAGGGGUGGGUUGGGUCGAGUGGGGAAUGGGGGAGGAAGGGGAGGGGGAGGAGGAGGGGGAGAGAAGGAGCACAGGGAAAAAGAAAGGGCUGCAGAGUAUGAGACAGACGAGGAAAUUCCUACGAGGGAAAGCUUUAGCAGGGAGUCGGUUGACCACGCCCCCUUCCCCGGAGACGACGGAGCUGGUGGAGGUACUGGAGCGUCACCUCAGUCUGAGUGCAGGUCACCGCGAGGUGUUCUCGGCCGUGCCCUCGGUCCUGGGGAGUUGUGGGAGUGAGAUGGAGGAGAAGGUGAGGGAGCUGAGGAGGGCGGGGUUCACUCGGCGUGAGGUGGAGACCGUGCUCGUCUCGUUCCCAGCCAUACUCCAGGUUGACUUCGGGAAUGUGUAUGAGGUGUUCUGUGUGUUGAAGAAGUGUAUCCCUGGUGGCUACAUGUUGCGAGGUCUCAUGGCCAGACACCCGUUCCUGUUCCUCCAACCUGUCAAACAGAUUGAAGAGAGAGUUACAGUGCUCAAGGAUAUCUGCAGAGAUCCAAAUGCUCUAGGUUUUCUGCUCCACCAUUUCCCCCUCCUCCUCUUCACCCCCCUCACACCCUCCACCCUCCACACCGUCACAAAGUUCACAUCCUCACACUUUCCCAGGAAGAGAGGGAAGGGAGAGGAGGGAGGAGGAGCAGCGAAGGGUGUUCUUGGGCAUAGCUGGGUGGCAAAAAGCCUCUACCACAAUCUAUCCACCCGGCCAGCCAGAAUGGACCCGGGACCAGACACUAACGCUCUUGUCGACCUACUAGCAGAGUACCAACUGGACCCCUCCCCCACUUUCAUAAAGUUCCCCGCCUUCUUCAAGACCACCUACACCCAUGUCGCCUCGCUGCUGACGGUUCUGACUGGGUCGCCUCUAUACCUUGACUCUGUGGCUGUUCGUACACUCCUGGUCUCCAUUCCAGACCAGCUGGUAUGGACUCGGGACGCGGAGCAGCUCCAGACUCAUUUGACUCAGCUCGUCUCACUCUUCCCUUCUCCCAAAGACUGUUGUGAGAAGGUACAGUCAUAUCCUGGCCUAGUUCUGCCUCAGUUGGACCUCGCCAGUUGGCUGGACUCCCUGGCAUCUCAUGGCUUCACCACUCAGCAGACUGCUUCACUGGUGUCUGACACUCCAAACAUUUUGCUGCAGGACAGAGAGAAAGAGUUCAUGCCUCGCCUCAGACUCCUAGUGUCAAUCCCCGGAGCGGCUCCGGCUUGUCUGGUGUCCUGCUCUGUCGGCAGUAGAGUAAGAAUGCUCAGCACUCCAGUAAAUGUCCUUACGGAGCGACUUAACUAUGUCAAGAGAUGUAAGCCUGACCUGGUCUCAGGGGAACACCUGGAAGUGAUAUUUGGCUCCAAGGAGAGGGAAUUUGCAGCAUUUUGCGGUAAGACAGCGGUCCAGGUACACUCAGACACAGGUCUCAGUGGUAUUGAACUAAAGAGAUUCAGCAAAUCGACACAAAAACCUUCCUCCAGGAACAGAGUGAAGUUAGUUUCUGACACCAAGAGGAGGAACACCUGAACCACGUAAAAUACCGGAGUUCUGUCACAUCUGACGCCGCGUCGAGCGACACCCCUGCCAGUGAUAAUGGAGAAAAGUCUGUGAAAACGAACGUGUCGGGAACCCCAAAGAAUGGCGCGAACUCUGUCACAGAAACUGGAAGUGGGAAAACGCUGCAGAGAGCAGACACUGACACCACUACAUCGUCGCAACGGAAGAAGAAAAAGAGUCCGAAUAGCGAAACUGCCCCGAAGAGGAAUUCGAAAAGGGUUACUAGAAAUGAACGUGUUAUAAUGGGCAGCAGCCGCGAGCGUGGCGCGUUGGACAACGUGACCACCAAUGUAAUGACUGAGGUCCUCACAACAACAGCUGGAAGGGACCUGUUGGGGCAACACCCAACAGCCGAUACUCGGCAAACAUCGACUGCUGACACGCCGCGAGGAAAAAGGAAUUACGCAAGGAAACGGGAGACGCACACGUGAAAACCGGCAAACUGGUUCGAGCAACUGGUUUCUUUUUCCGUUUGUUGUGUUGUGUGUGUUGGACACAUUGUAUUGUGAGUGUUACAUAAUCAAAAGACGACAACAACAACGGUCACACAAUGUUUGUGCGUAUGUGUAUCAAUUCAAUGACCUAUUUGAUCAUCAAGUAUGAAUACCCUUCGCUCGCUGCUCGUAGCCU